AUGACGAGGCGGGGUUCGGGCCGCAAACUCCCGGGCUGCUGUACAUAUGCGUUACAUGUUUGGCAACGACUUCUGGACACGCGUGAUGGCACCCACUGGUCAAAUCGUCGAACUCCUCCUCUGAGUCCUCAUCAUAGUAUGCCUCGCCGCUCUCGCCCAGCGCACAGGAAACCUCCUAAAACCUCCGAUUCCUUGGUUACCCAGGGAAAAACAAUCAUCAAGCACACUGCGGCCCAAAAACAACCGAUCCGCAGUGAACCCGACUUGAGCGAAGAUGAUCAUGUAUUUGAACAAGAAGUGUCUUCUGACGAGUUCGAAGAAGGAUCCAGUCAGGGAAGUGGACGCUUAAAUGGACAGGAUAACGAUGACGAGGAUGAGGACGCUGAUGCACCCCGAGUUGUGCAAUGGGAGGAGGAUAUGGAAGACUUCGUGGAAGACGAAGAAGCAGAGGAGGAAGAGGACCUUACAAAUGAGAAAACCUUGCAAAACAAUUUGCAAGAUCUGCCGCUAGGGGCCUUGCGGCGAGCGCAACUGCUGUUAAGUCACGCAGAACCUGAGGGCGACUCGGAUUCGGCGUCAGACUCCGACGAAGGAUCUGCAACAGAGGAAGAUACCCCAGAGGUACACGACGUCAAGGGCAAAGGGAAAGAGAAAGAGAGGGUUGAAUGGAGCAUCAAACCUCGAAACGACAUUUCCAAGAGAUCAAGCAAGCACGCCCCAAUGGAAGUUACCUCCAAGCGACCUGUUUCAAGAAGACGGACUGUGGUAGAGGCACCUAAAAUCGUUCCAAGAGAUCCUAGAUUCCUUGCAACAGCCGGUGAAUUCGACGCAACAAAGUUCCAGAAGUCAUAUGGUUUCUUGUCGGAGAGCCACAAGACUGAGCUUCAAACGCUGAAAGAGACACUGAAACAAGCCCGUAAAAGACUGGUAUCGUCGCCACGAGAUCUGCGAAGUGAACAUGAACACGAGGUGCACAGACUGGAACAGGCGAUGAAGCGUGCGGAAAGCGCAGUGAACAAGGAUCGUCUAGACAAAGUGGGAAGAAAUGCGCUAAGUAAAGCGAAGAAGGAGGAGCAAGAAAAACGCAAAGAGGGGAAGGGACACUGGUUUCUCAAGAAAGUGGACAAGCAGAAGCUGCUGGUGAAAGCGAGGUACGAGGCUCUGGCGCAGGAAGGUGGGCAACGUGCGGUCCAGAAGGCCAUUGAGAAGAAGCAGAAAAAGGAGAGCCAGAAGGAGAAGCGUUCGCGGCCAUAUGCUAAAGGAGAGCAGGGAGGCAGUAGGAAACGAGGACCAGAGGCGGACGCCCCUUGGCCCCGAAAGCGGCAACGGGUGUAG